CUUUGAAAGGAGCGCAUCCACAGUACCUCUCGUGACGUAUAUAUAAAUAAAGGCACGUAUCUAAACGUGAACUGACAAAGUUAUACAAAAUAAGACUGAGUACAACCAGUUUGACAAAUAAGAAUCUAAUUGCAGAAGAUAUACAAUAUACGAAGCAACUUUCAAUCUUAUUCAUAGACAGUCAAUAAUCUUGCACAAUAAAAGUAUUGCACAAUGCUAUGGGCAAUCUAGGGUUAACUUUAAUUGUGGUUCCUCUGAACUGAGACAAUAGAUUGAAAGUGUAGUGUUGCAUUUCUUCUCAAAUGAAGUCUUUGUAUUGAUUUGUCGUUCACAUCUUUCUGCCAACAUAUUUGAGUUUCUCAUGAUGAUGUUUUGAACUUCUGCAGAUGCGAUGCAGAAUGCGACAUUAUGUGGUGGUGUGUAUGAGUGAAUUUGUAUAAGAGGGGGGAAAAAAAAGAGAGAGAGAACAGCCUUCCAGUGGCUCCUUCUUUGUGUCAGUUCACCUUAGACUUGUUGCGUUAUACAUUGUGGAAGUGCCAUGUAAUGGGUAUUGAGAUAAGAAUAAACUAAUAAGUGUAUUGCAUCAAAUCAGGUUGUGCAUAUGUUAAAUUCACAUAUGAAUGCUUUCGUUUUCUCAGCAAUUAUUGUGCUUCAAGUGAAUGGGAAAAAUACGUUUUAAUUGAAGGAUGAGUGAACCAGCAGGUGGCUCGGAUAAAAGUUUUGGCACUGAUGUUGCUGGAAAUGCAGUAUCAGGGAGAUCAGCAAGAUCUGCUACGUUGGCAAACCUGAAAGCAUUGUUCCAGCACCAGUUUGAUAAUGAGAUCAUUACUUGUGUAGCUGCAAGUUUUGGAUGGAAUGAUGUAACCAGUCUUCUCCUAUUUUGUCUACUAAGUCACGCCAGAAGUUUCCCUUUAACAAUGUUUGGAAGAAAAUGGAGAUCAACUAAAGCACUGAAAAUGUUGGCUGGGAAUCAGUCAGAAGGAGUGGAAUUGGGAAUGGAUCCUUUACUACACAACAAAAGUGAAUCACCAGUAUCCAGCAGCCACAAUGAAGAAAUAAAGCCCAGCAGUAAAAAUGGAUUUGCAAGUAAUGGAAACACACAGGAGGCCCAGCAGCAUACGCCUGGAGAAACAAGUCCAAGAACUGACGCAGAAACAAACAUACAAACAGAGGAAUUUGUCUCUCCUGAAAUGAAAACUGGUAACGGGGAUAAAUCUGCAGUUAAAGGAUUUACUUGUGCAAGUAUAGAUGUGGAAAUGGCAACCAGAGCAUAUUCUACAAUAAGUAUGAAAACUAAUUCACCAGACAGCACUGAUACUUAUUCUCAAAUAAAGAUUGAAACAGAUGCAUGUGGAAGUGUAGACAAUGGAAUUAAAUCAGGAACAGAUCCUAAAAUAAACAUAAAACAUGAAAAACCAAACUUCAUGAAUUGUUCUCCUCAGAUAAUGGUGGGAUGUGAACAUACACCUAAAGAUGAACAAUGGAAGUGUGCAUUUUGUAAGUUUGAACAGUUGCUCCCAGGAGAAGAAAGUAACAACAGCGAUCUAGAUAAUUAUGUGAUGUGUGAGCUUGAGGCUGACGUCCAAAACAGGAAUUUAUCCACUUCAUCCUGCCUCUCCGAGGAAAGUCUACAAAAGGAAAACUGCUCUUCCAAAAAUGUUUGUCAGGUUGAAUGUGGUAAUGGUGACUGUGGGUACCAGGCAGCAAAUUGUGCAGAAUAUGUUAGAGAGGGAGAGACACCAUUAAAUAAAAGUACUGAAAGUGAGAAUUCAGUAAACAACUGCAGACAGCUUGAGGUUACUGAUGUGUUUAAAAACCGGGAAGAUUCUUACUGUCUCUCCAACAUUGGUGAAAUGUCUUCAGUUAGUGGAGGAGAAGUGCAUACAAAUGCAAAAGAGGUCACCAGUGCACCAUUUGAAGUUAGUGUAUUGAACAAGGGUGACUAUAAUGAUCAGGCAUCAUGUUCUACCAGGAUUUCUUCAAGCCCACUGUCAGGCUCUGUACUGCUGUCCAGUGGUUAUGUUGAUGGAAUUGCUGUUACUGUACCACCAGUAACUGUAGCGUGUGACACCAGAAUUACUUGUGGACAGGACAGUAUACGUAAUGACAAUAAGGUUGUUAAUCAGGAUGGUUUAUUAGGUGAAUUUGUGACUUUACCUUUCACACAAAAAAAUACACACAGUAAGCAUACAUUUGACCUGGAAAAUAUUGAUGUCAUUCAGGGAAAGACCUCAGAUCAUGUUUGGUCACCAUUGUUAGCUGCUGAAACAAAUGAUGUUAGCGUUGAAGACAAGGAUGCUGAAGAUAAGGUGUCUGGUUGGCUCCGGCACACUGAACAAAGUUAUUCUACAGACACUGCAGCAGUAUGUCACACCGUACCAGUAGACGAAGAUCAUGGUGAAGCACUGUGCUCCAGAAAAGUGAUGGAUCGUGUGGCUGACCAGAGUUCCAGUGAUGUGACAGAAUCCUCUAUUGCAUCAUUAAGCAGUAGCAACUCCUCUAAAGACGUGCGAGAACAUAAUGGUAUUAGGAAACACACUCGGUGUAGUAAAGUGGACAGACUGGCGAACAUCAUCAUUGAUGGCAAGAAAAUUAUGAUAUUAAUGCGUGGCCUCCCAGGUAGUGGUAAAUCAACUCUAGCUAGGCAUCUAGUACGUUCCACAAUGGGAGAGGAACCUCAUAGGUUCAUCCAUUCUACUGAUAAUUUUUUUACAGUGUGUGGUAAAGGUCGAUACAAAUUUAAUCCCAAAUUUUUGCAUGAAGCACACACGUGGAAUGUAAAGAAAGUUUUGGCAGAUGCUGUGAAAGGCAUCACUCCUAUUAUUGUGGAUAAUACCAACCUGGAGGCAUCCGAAAUGCGACCCUAUGCGACCAUUGCCGUUCGUCAUGGGUACCGCAUUGAAUUUCUUGAGCCUAAUACAUACUGGCGCUACUUUGUUGCAGAAUGUGCAAGGAGAAAUACACACGGUGUCCCUAUCCAGCGAGUGGCAGAUAUGAUGCGUCGCUUUGACAGAUCUAUUACAGUAGCCGGUCUUCUUGGUAUGUACCAUUUGCAGCUGGAUGCCUCUGAACUAAUUCAGCCUCAUGUUGUCACUACAAGAAUGCCAAAGCACAGACGUAAAAAACGUAAAAGGAAUAGGUUGAAACGCAAAAUACGAAAAUCACUUUCAGAAGAAAAACUGAUGAUGGAUGGUGAUAACAUUCUAAAUCUGUCAAAAAUCUCAGAUAUCGUAUCAUGUGGUACAUCAUAUGAUUCUAACUGUACAAUAUUUUCCAAUGUUGUUGGUGAGAAAACAAAUGUAUUUUCAAAGGCUGUAGGGGAAACUAAAAGCAGCCUAUUGCAAAAGGGUGAAUCCAUUGUACAUGAAAAUAAUAAAGACUCAGCUUCACCUGGAACAUAUACAGUAGAUGGACUUAGGUCUUUGAAACCUGUAGUUGCUCAUUUGGAAGGCACUGAGGAGAAUGUGGAUAAUCAGCAAGUAGAAAGAGCAGCUGCAGUGACUGAAGACUUGAGUAACCCUGGCCUAGACACAAGAAAAGUUGUUGAUGAUCUUUUAAAUGAAGAAAUUGGACGAGAAUGUAGUGCCUCACCAGAUGAAUAUGUACUUGUGAAGGACAGCGAAUUUAUAUUUCAAAAACCACACAAUAUUCAUAAAUGGCUGUCGGAACGACCACCCUGGGUACGGAAUGAAAAAAAUUGUACUCUCAGUAACACACUUCCCAGUCAUGUAAAUGAAGAGAAUACUGACAAUGAAUCAUCAAAAACUCUGGAGAAUGAUAACAUUCAACUGAAUUUUAAUUUUGAUAGACAAGUUAACAGACUAAUGGAAGCCAUGGAUCAUGAGGAAACUGCAGAGCUGCAAAGUUUGGAUGGUAGAAACUGUGUAAAAACUGAAUUUGAAAAAACAGAACAUGUUAUUGGAGAUGACUGUAACAGGUCUUCAUUAGAUACUACAUUUCCUGCCCAUCAGAGUUCUGAUACAAGUAACGAAUUUGUGGUUACAGAAAAGUCUAAACAAAACUUCUCUGAAAGUGUGAGCAGACUAGAAAUUAAUGAUAAGAAUGAGGACUCAGCUAAGAAAUCAAGUAAUGGUAACUACAAAAUAUGGAAGCGUGGAGAAAAAUUGGCAAGUGCUGUUCAGCACACUGAGCCCACUGCAGUAAAUGAUCAAACAACAGCAAAUGCUGAGAAUAACUAUGUAUUGUGGGAUUUAGAACAUGGGAAUGUUUGGGGUGGUGAGGACCCGAAACCAAGUGUCAACGUACGCAUUGAGGAAGACAUCUGUCUUCCGAAACCACCUCGUAUUAGUCGUAAGAAACUACCUGUGAAAGAUUUUCUUAAGGAAAGUCUACAUAACUUGUCACAAAAUGCUACACGUCCAGUACAAGAACUAGAUCAGUGGGACACUGUAGAAGAUCCCUUAUCUUCAUGGGAAAAUAGGAAGAAAAACAAUAAUAUGUCCACAGAUGUAAGGAGCAGAGAGGAUCAAUCAAAUGUGUCCUCAAAAGAUUCGCAAGGAAAAUUUGUACCUCAACCACAGAGGUCUUUAGGAUGCUUUUCUCGGUCACGCAAAUCUGCUUCCAGUGUAUCUCAGAGGCAGUCACCAUCUGAAAUUUCAGAUACUGCACAUAAAAUAAGAGAUAUGCGACCUCCGAGAUCAUUAUCUGCUGCAGGUAAUUAUGCUGUAAAUGACAGGUCUAACUGGUCUAAAUAUUGUUCUUCUAUAGAGCCCACAGCUUGGAAAUCAGAGCAGAAUUUAACACCUGAAACAUUAUUGCAUCAGUGUAAAACUUUUCCAGGAACUUUUGAAGUAACUGAUGGAAAGACAUUGGUCAAAGAUUCAAUAUAUACAGAUUGUGUAACAAAUACACAUUACUCAGAUUUUUUACUGUUGCAGCAAGUUAACAGCAGUAAAGAGAUUCCCAGUGAUGUCAAAAUAAUAGUUGGAAGUUGUUCUGCACCCAUCACAGACAAAGGCAGUGCUGUAGUGCAGCCAGCAAUGUCUUCCCAUGUGCGCCAAAGUGGGAAGUCAGUAUUUGACAAAAGUUCCAUGACAGAACAUGAAGAAAAUUUUACAAAGUUCUCGGAAACUGAAUUUAAAGAACUACUUAGAGCUUUUCCUGCCGUCCCCAUACCUCACUUACAAGAGAUAUUUCAGAAAUGCAAUAGGGAUAUAAACUGGACUGUUGAUGUGCUAUUGGAGCUAGAUUAUAAGGGAGUAGAAGAGUCCCCUGGGAUAGAGAUGGCUUUGGAGCCAUGUACUCUUAAGAUUUCAGAUAAAUCUGAAAACGACCUUCAAAUUGGUGUUUCGCCAUCAGUGGUAACAGAAAAAACUGAUCAACAGUCUUCAUACUCAGAUGCUAGGCACACAUCUGAAGAAUGUUGGCAGCCAUCUGAAUUAAAAAGUUGGCAGUAUGAAAAAGAAACUGAUAAGACAAAUGCUACACCGACACGGCUCUCUCCCAGCAGAACCAUUCGAAAAGAUAAAAAUAUUUCACCUACAGCAAAAGAGCUGAAAGAGCAUAUUGAACAAAAUAUAGUGCUAAAUAAGAACUGUUAUUCAGAACACACACUGAGAAUUAGGAAAAUGAGGCACGGGGAAUUAUUAGACAUGGGUGAGGUAACUACUAGUUCCAAUAAAAACAAUGACACCAUCUUGCAGAUUGAGGAUUGUGAUGAGGUCUCAGCUUCCCAUGGAGUAAUUGGAUCCUCAGCCAAACAGAAUAUUGUGGAACCGACUGCUUCAGGUGCCAUGUUAUACCCAGAGAAUGCGGUUACUGAUGCUAUUGUUGAGCAUAAUAAUCAGAAUAGUGACAUUUCUUCUACAAACGGUGAUGAGGCAACAGGAAUUUCUGACAGUGAAGCUUUUGUUGACAUAAAACUUGGGGAAGAAUUUGUGUCACAACUUCAUGAGCUAUUUGGGAAGUCAUCUUAUACAACAGUAUGUGAAACUUCUGCAACAGUGAAGCUCCCUCUCUGCCUGGCACUUCAGAUCCACUACUAUCUUAUGAAGCAUGAAGAAGAACAGAUUAAACAACAGCAGGAUGUUAUGAUUAAAGAAGAUGAGGAACUUGCAAGGAAAAUACAAGAAAGCUAUGGAAGGCGUUCUAAAGAUGAAAAGGUCCCAGAUCUUCGAGAAAUUAUGGAUAUGGAGAUGGCAUUGGCGUUGUAUAAAGCUGACCAGACAUUUUCUCAUCAUGAAACAAAGGAAACAUUGGCGAUAAAGUUAUCUAAAAAAAUUUUAUGUGAAAUGUUCCCAACAUUCCGUAAAGAGGCAAUUCUCGAUGUAUUCAGUUCUACGGGUAACUCUUUUGAUAACACACUGGCUGUACUUAUAGCUUCCACGAGUGAAGAAGAAGCAAAGGUUGCAAUGAGCCCAGAAGCUCUUUCUGAACAUCGUAGCCAAUUGAUAGAAGCUGCAGAAGAAACUGUGAAGAGAGGUUUUGAGACCACCAGUCCCUUAGAAGAUUUUGAUGACAUUACAGCUGACGGAAGAGGCAGUAAUGUGUUGUAUAUUGUUGAAAGAUACAGAGAACAAGCUGCACAUCAUUACAGGAGGAGAAGUGAAUACCAUAUGAAAGCACAGGAAGCUUUCCAAAAAGGAAUGCCUUCAGUGGCUCAUUAUUAUUCACAGUUGGCCCGACUCCACAAAACUCACGCAGAAGAAGCGAGUUGCCGUGCAGCAACAGCGAUUAGUGCAGCAGCACCAGAUUCUUCCAACUUAGACUUACACGGGUUGUAUGUACGAGAGGCAGUCUGCCUCUUGGACAGUUUCCUGGAUGCUCACAUUAUGCGACUCAAAGCAAGUGGGCAGUCACGGCGUGUCCUCCAUGUGGUGACUGGUCGUGGUAACAACUCUCGUGGAGGACAGCCUCGUUUACGCCCGGCCAUUCUGCAGCGUCUCACACAGCGGAGUAUUAAGUAUGAGGAGGUAAAUGAGGGUCUCUUCAGGCUUGUUUUAAGUCGUAACAAUGAUAAGCUGAUUUGAGUGACCAAUAAGCCAUGCAGACAUGCUCUCCCAUGUCAACAGAAUAGACUGAAAAUUUAUAGUUAUUGAUUAAGUGGAGAGUGAGUAAAAAGAAAUAUUAGAUGAUGUGUUUCAUUUUAAUGUAUUAGCCUUCUAUGAAUUUCAAGUUUUAGUUGUUUGUAAAACAGGACAUUUCAACACAUGUGUUAUGUAUAAUACUACUAAAACUGUUCUUGGUCCCAGUAUAUCCCAAUAUCUGGAAUAGAAUAACUAUUUAGCAAAAAUGAAUUAAAUUUACUUUGUGAUGCAAAAAGAGACAGCCAGAGUUGCAACUAAAGUUGAUGUUCAUUUAGUCAGUGACUGAUUUCAAACUACACCCAUUCUCAAACCAACCAAUGUUUGCCAAGUAAAAUGUCUGCCCAAAAUACCCAUAAACAAAUGGAUACCUAUGUGUAUGGCCCCAAGUAAUGUUCUUUAAAGGCAUUAGUUGGGACCAUAUGUAUAUGUACCUACUUAGUUUACUGCAAUUCUGGAUGGCCAUUUCACAUGGCAAAUCUUGGUGGUUUGAGAAUGGGCAUAGCCUGAAACUGGUCACUGGCUAAAUAAACAUCGAUUUUAGUUGCAAAUAUGGCUCUCUCAUUUUACACUACAAUGUAAAAAUGAGUUGCUGUCCCACCAUACCCAUCAUGCAGAAAUUAGCAUGUAAAUUUACUUUAUUCAAGGAGAAAAGUUAGUUCUCCAAUUGCUCAAACUAUGUUACCAGUUUGCCAGAGAAGUCAUUCUUCUGCCCUUUUUAUAAACUUCUGACUGAACCAGACUUAAACUCAGUUAUGUACUUCACUAUACAAGUUUUACAAUUCUAUUUUUACAUGCUAUUAAAAACAUUUGAAAGCCAAAGUGUGGGAAAUGGUAUUCUGAAGUGCUGGUGUUUGAUGAUUUCCUAGGCUAAUCUGUGAAGUCUUCAUCUCUCUUUGGUUUUGAAAUGUCUGGCUCUCUCUCUUUAAUUCUGCAUGUUCCUUGUCAUGGUCACCAUUUUUUUAAAUCCUAGUGGGAGGUGCUAUGGUUCGAUUAGUAGCCUGAAGACAUGUCUGAAAAAGGGUUUACGUGUCUCAUCUCCCAGUGCAUAGAACAAAAUCAAGAGAAACUGCUCUUGAGACUAUGAUAAAUAUUCAAGAACUCUUUUUGGUAGUGAGCACUCCUUCAUUUAACUACCAUAAAUAUUGAGGAGUUGAACAAAAAUAACACAGUAGUUCGUGGACCUUUGGAGAUUGUGGAGUGUGUAGCUCAUGUAAAGUACCAAUAGAAGACAAGUCAGAGAGCAAGAGUAAUGAACUUGGAUUUGCAGUCUCCUGUUAUAUGUCAGGUUGCACUGCUGGAAUGUAAAUCAUAACUAAAAAGAGAACUUAAGUCACAGUAAAAUAAAAUUUAAAUAGCUGUUUCUUUUUGAAAAAUUUCAGACUGAUUGUUAAAUUUAGUUUCUGUUACUACAGUAAUAAGUUUAUUAUUGGUAUUAAAUCAAAAUGUAGUAAUUCCUCAGUUGAUUGUUAAUUUUGUGAACUUAAUAUUUCCAUAAAUAACUCGGAGCUGUGAGUAGUGAGAAGAUUAUGCAGAAAAUAAAGGGCUGGAGGAGUGAAUCUAAUUUCAAAUUAUAUUUACCAUCUAAGUCCCCUCUGGUGGUUAUGGCAUUACUAUUAGUUAUUCAUCUGCCAUGCUUAGGAUUUUCCAUCGACUCCUGUCUUCAUCAUAUCAGUACAAGAAAAUGUGGAUGCUCUGUUAUACUAUUAUUUUCCAGUAAUGAUUUAUUACAUAAAGUAUCUGGUCACAUUCCUCAGGACUAAUUUACUCCAGUUUUCUUCAUUAUGAUCUACUUCUCUCAAUUAGAAUAAUCUACAGCUUUUAAUUACCAUAAUGGUAAUGGGCGUGUUGACAUGUUGCAUGUUCGGUAUUUGCAGUAUUCCCAGUUCUUACAAACUUCGCAUAUGUUGAUCAUUCACUUUUUAAAUAACACCAAAUUCUCUUUGGGAAGCAGAAAUGGAAAUUUUCAUGCAUGGGGUAGGUAGAAAGUCAUUAUUAGCUAUUAAAUCUAAAAGAAAGGCAAACUGUCCACAAAUUUCCAGGCAGAACUCUAGUUAGUUAACAGUACAACAUCCAACAUUCAAAAAAAUCCUCCGCAACUCUAUUUGUUAAAUCAUAAGCAGUAAUCAUUUUGUAUGUGAACACUCUUUUGUGUAGCACAUUCUUCAUAUCUGAUCUGUGGAAACUUUUUGAUUUACAUCUCUUGAUUUCCAUUUCUUGAUUUCUUGACAGAUUCUGAUGUUAUUGUUCUAAACAUCUUGAAACUCUAACAGUUCAAAGCCAAACUGAUGAGUCUACACCUAUGAGUGGUAUGUUAGUGAAUGUAUCACUUUUCAGUAACAGGCAGCAUCCAGUAUUGGGAAAUACGAAUGCACUUUGUGGUAACAGAAAUAUGCAGAAUUUCUGUGAAGGGUGGACAUUAGUGAAAGCUGUAAAACUAUGCAUUCAGAACAGAACUAUAAAUAUUGUUUUCUGUUAGUAGGGCACAAGUUGUCAUACUACCCUCCAUACUCUUUCAAAAAUUUUGAAUUUUUAUUAUAGCAACCAAUAGGUGAAUAUAUUUUCAAAUACUUACAGGUCCUUAAAUUAUAUUAUUGUAUCGCUACCCAUGCACAUAACAAAAUGACACUAAUUCCGUAACUGCCUCUACUCUUAUCUUGAUGUCUUUCUCAGAGGUGGCAAGUGGAAUGUAGGUACGCGUUAUUUGUAUGAUUUGUCUUUCAUGACAUGUUACAUGUGUAUAAAAGCAUACUAAACUUCAUGAUUUUUUUAACAGAUUGUCACAGUGUUUCACUGAGGUGGUACCCACCUUUGUACACAACAGUAUUUCUGUGAAAUUUCUAUAUAAUUUGCCAGUAGACAGAAGCUUAAGGCUAAUUGCUUUUAAUUAAAUAAAACAUCUGCUUUUAGCAUUGGUACACGUUGUCGCGCUAAUGACAAAUAGUCAUGUGGAAAGUCUAAAUGUGUUCGUCUUUCUCGUAUGCACAAAAUCAGGUAUUGUUAUGUGCAUUAUUUCAGAAUUUAAAGUUAAUGAUGUGAAUGUAUAUAAUCAUAUAUUUCAUGAUAAGUUGAGUAAACUGUACUGUCUAAAUAUUUUUAAUUGGUUCUUACUUUGCAGUCAAAGUUUAAUUGAUAAAUCACUUGUAUCUGCAAGUGGUUACAAAAUUACGCAGUAUUAUUUGCACAUUGCAACAAUGCAUUUAUAUUUAUUGUUUAGAAACAAAAUGGUUUACACAGCCCGAGAGACCUAGUUGCCAAGGGUGCUUCUGUAUUUAUAGUAUUUAAUUGAUGUGAAAGGUGUUUCAUCUUCAGCAACUGCAGUAAGUUAUGAAAUAGUAGGCAAAUUCUUCAAAAAAAAAAUUGUAAAAUAAAGCAACAUUGAAAUAUUAUUGUAUGGUAUUUAUAUUAUAUAAAUAAGAUAUGGAAGUAAUGUUACCAUUUUGGUGCUAGUUAAAUUAUGAAUUAGUUACUUUAAUAGCUUAAUAUGAAGAGAGGGCAUUCAGUGUACAUGUACAUGUUCAUUUAUUACAGUGUUUUUUUUUUUUUUAUCCUUAAUAUGUCAGGGUAAUACUAGCAGCAAUAUUAUGAAUCUGUUGUGGGUGAUUGUUAUUCUGCAUUAACAGAUACUAGAAUGGGUCAUAUAUAUAAAGCUUUGAAGUGAAAAUUGUUAUACAGUGAUGGCCUGGGAGAUACUUCAUUUUAGACCAACUGGCAGGUGCAAAUCAUAAGUUGUCAUAUAUGACUGUUUUAUAUGUUUAUCAAAUAAAAUAUGAUUUUUUAUUUCA